AUGUCUACAUCAAGUCAAAACCCGCGGACAAGAUCCAGCACAGGAAACAACAGUCGACCAUCCAGCAAAGAUGGACCAAAGAAGAACAUUUGGUCUUCUAUGCUAGACAGCGCUGCGACCGGCAAGCGAUUACCUGAGAAGAACCUCCUGAUAUUAGGAGGUACACCCGAAAGCCAGAGAGAGUUUUUGGAAGCAUAUUCCGCAGAUACUUCGGAUUCUAGCACAUCGAAUGAGAAACGAAAGGGUAAAUUGCCUCCAGUGGCCAAUCAGUUUGCCUUGGGAUACACGUAUCUAGACGUGUUGGAUGCGGACCAGGAAGAUACGUUGGCGCGUGUUUCCGCAUACCUUCUCUCCGAGCCAUCGUUGUCAUUCGCUCCCCUCCUUAAACCUCUUUUCACGCCUCAGUCCAUUUCCGAAACCUCUGUCGUUAUCCUACUUGACUGGUCCGAUCCGUGGACGUGGGUUAGGCGACUGAGAGAAUGGGUCCGCCUUUUACGCCAUGUGCUUAUCUCGCUCGAUGACGAAACCAAAGUCGUGAUGGAAGAGAACAUGACACAGUGGAGGGAGCGGAAGAAGGGAAUAGAUACCACUUCAACGGGGUCACAAGCAGCCAGCUCUGGGGCUGUUGUUAUAGGCCCCGGAGAAUGGGAUGAAGGACUGGGGGUACCCCUGUGUGUGGUUUGCCAAGGAACCGACAAGAUGGAGAAGUUGGAGCGAGAACAUGGUUGGCAUGAGGAGGAAUUUGACUUCAUUCACCAAUUCAUGAGAACAUUACUGGUAAAACAUGGCGCGUCUCUCAUAUACACGAAGCCAUUCCAGGCGAAUAACCUACACAGCGUACUGCACUCCUCCCUCGGCAUACAUUCACUCCUCAAAAAACUAUCUCUCAAAGCCCAAUUUAUCGAACGAGACAAGAUUUUAAUACCUACGAAUUGGGAUUCAUGGGCCAAGAUUCGAGUUAUCCGAGAAGGAUCCAAUUUGGAGGGCAUAUCAACCGCUUGGUCUAUCGAGAUUCAAGACCCACCUGAGCCGCUUACCAACGGGAAUGACGAAGCCCAGGAGGAGGGUACCGCUGAAGAAGACGACGGGACGAGCGCCGUAAAUAUAUACGAGCAGACCAUCAAAGACCCCAAGCGGAGUACCUCGAUAGCGUACCCCGGAAGCCAACAAGGCAGGAACAAGAUCGAGGUUGAUACAACUGAUAUGCAGGGCUUCCUCACCAAGCAGCUGGAGGUUUUGGAGCAGUUGAAGAUUGAGGAUGAGAAGGAUCGGGCAGCCAAGAAGGCGCCUCAACUGGAAAUGUCUCCAUUAGAAGAUAACAGCCGGGUCAACGAACAUAUUGGGCCUGUGCAGUUCAACAUGGGUGGUAUCCAGGUCGAUGCGGAUGAUAUGCUCCAAAAGAUAAAGGACCGAGAAGCCAAUCGAUCCCAACGGAAGGAUCCUGUUUCCUCACCAGGAGACGAGAAAGCACACAACCAGGCACUAGCGAACUUCUUUGCAGGUCUAGUUAAGAAACCCGGGGGCAGUCCCCGCGGAAGCCCGUCGGUAUAA